GAAUUAAAGGUGCCACAAAGGGUAAUCUCUCUGUUAUCUACACAGUGGAGACUCCGAAGCCCUCCAUCGCCUGCAGCAACUCAAACCCCAGGAAGACUGAAACUGUGAUCUUAAACUAUGAACCUGAGAUUAAGGAAGCAAGCUACCUGUGGUGGGUAAAUGGUCAGAGCCUCCGAAUCAAUAGCACGUGGGAGCUGUCCAAUCACAACAGAACCCUCAUUCUAUUCAGUGUCACGGAGAAUGAUACAGGAUCCUAUGAAUGCGAAGUGAAGAAUCCAGUGAGUGCUAGCCGCAGUGAUCCAGUCAUCCUGAAUGUCCUUCCGGAGUUGCCCAGAGUCGCCAUCACCAGCAACAAAUAUAACGCCGUGGAACAUGAGGAUGAUAUAACCUUAACCUGUGAACUUGAAAUUGGAAAUGCCACCUACCUGUGGUUGGUAAAUGGUGAGAGCCUCCAGUUGAGUCCCAGCGUACGGCUGUCUCAUGAUUACAGGACCCUCACUCUACACAGUGUCACAAGAAAUCACACAGGAUCCUAUGAAUGUGAAAUACGGACCUCAAUGGAAGUCUUCCGCAGUGACUCAGUCACCCUAAGGGUCUCCUAUGGUCCAGACUUCCCCAGCAUUUCUCCUUCAGAUACCCUUUACCAUCAAGGAGAAAACCUCCACCUCUCCUGCUUCGCGGACUCUAACCCACCGGCAGAGUAUCGUUGGAUGGUUAAUGGGACAUUUCUGCCACCAGGAAAAGAGGUCUCUAUCCCCCAAAUCACUACAAAGAAUACUGGGCUCUAUGUUUGUUUUGCUUAUAACUCAGUCACUGGCAAAAGAACCUUCGCAUUCAAGAAGAUCAAAGUCGUUGACUGAACUGGACCGUGGAUUCUUCUAGCUACUUCAAUCCAAUGCUCUCCCAUGGAAUUACUAAGAACAAGAGCUGCCCUGUUCCUGAAGCCCUGUAAGCCGGAGGUGGACAACUCAAUGUAAAUUUCAACAGAUAUCCCUCAUGCCUGAGGUGUGAGCCACUUAGAGACUUCACUGAAAUGUUCGACACACCAUGACCAGAGACCCUCAAACUGCAGACCAGGACAAGAGUGACAACUCCACACUGUGGACAGCUUUUUCAAAGAUGUCAAAACAAGACUCCUCUUCAUGAUGAAACUUUCACCCCUCUUAAUUUGUUCUUGCUUAUGCCUGCCUCCCUCACUUGGCAGGAUAAUGCUGUCAUAAGAAAUUCACCCACCGCUCUGGUAUUGUAUUGCCCAGGGGGAGCUGCCCGAAACAAUGCCUCACAAAUAAAAGUCAAUUAGAUGUAUAAGUAAA